AUGUCUGAAGUAGCUGCCGACACUUUCCGCAGCCCCUCAGCUCAGCUGAGCCCUGAUGCAUCCCUCAACGGGCUCCCAGAUGAGGAGAACAUGCCAGGGACCCAAAGAGAGGACAGGAGGGUCCAAGGGAUAGCAGGCCUUGCCACAGCCUGCUGUGCGUGCCUGGAGGCAGAGCGACUGAAGGGCUGCCUCAACUCUGAAAAGAUCUGCAUCGCCCCUAUCUUGGCUUGCCUGCUUAGCCUUUGCCUCUGCAUUGCUGGCCUCAAGUGGGUCUUUGUGGACAAGAUUUUUGAGUAUGACUCUCCUACCCACCUUGACCCUGGGAGGAUAGGACAAGACCCAAAGAGUGCUGUGGAUCCUACAGCUCUGUCUGCCUGGGUGCCUUCGGAGGUGUAUGCCUCACCUUUCCUCGUACCUAGCCCCAAGAGCAAGGCUGAAGUGACAAUGCACAGUGACAGCUCACUAGUACCCUCCAAACCGUUCCUCCAGCCUUCUCUAUAUAACCGCAUCCUAGAUGUUGGGUUGUUGUCCUCUGCCGCACCUUCGCUGUCACCACCCGCCCCGGAGCCUACCACAGCAUCUCAGGCACAAGCAACAGAAACCAAUCUCCAAACUGCUCCAAAACUUUCCACUUCCACAUCUACAACUGGGACAAGUCAUCUCACAAAAUGUGACAUAAAGCAGAAAGCCUUCUGUGUAAAUGGGGGAGAGUGUUACAUGGUUAAAGACCUCCCAAACCCCCCAAGAUACCUGUGCAGGUGCCAACCUGGAUUCACUGGAGCAAGAUGUACUGAAACUCUGCCCAUGAAAAUCCAAAACCAAGAAAAGCAUCUUGGGAUUGAAUUUAUGGAAGCUGAGGAACUGUACCAGAAACGGGUGCUGACCAUAACUGGCAUUUGCAUUGCUCUUCUAGUGGUUGGCAUCAUGUGUGUGGUGGCCUACUGCAAAACCAAGAAACAGAGGAAAAAGUUGCAUGACCGCCUUCGGCAGAGCCUGCACUCAGAAAGGAAUAACGUGAUGAACAUGGCCAAUGGGCCGCACCACCCCAAUCCACCGCCAGAUAACGUCCAGCUUGUGAAUCAGUAUGUUUCGAAAAAUGUAAUCUCCAGUGAGCAUGUCAUCGAGAGAGAAACAGAGACCUCGUUUUCUACAAGCCACUACACCUCAACAACACAUCACUCCGUGACAGUGACUCAGACACCUAGCCACAGCUGGAGUAAUGGCCACACUGAAAGCAUCCUCUCUGAAAGCCACUCGGUGCUUGUCAGCUCCUCCAUGGAGAAUAGCAGGCACGCCAGCCCAGCAGGGCCCCGGGGCCGUCUCAACGGCAUCGGCGGGCCACGGGAAGGCAACAGCUUCCUCCGGCAUGCGAGAGAGACCCCUGGUUCCUACCGAGACUCUCCUCACAGUGAAAGGUAUGUCUCAGCUAUGACCACACCAGCUCGCAUGUCACCUGUUGAUUUUCACACUCCAAAUUCUCCCAAGUCCCGCCCCUCCACAAUGUCACCACCGGCUUCCAGCUUGACCGUCUCCAUCCCUUCAGUGGCGGUGAGUCCCUUCAUAGACGAGGAGCGACCACUGCUCCUGGUGACUCCACUGCAGCUGCAUGAGAAGUAUGACCACCACCUUCAGCAAUUCAACUCCUUUCACCACAAUGCCACCCACGAGAGCAACAGCCUGCCACCAAGUCCUCUGCGGAUCGUGGAGGAUGAGGAGUACGAGACUACGCAGGAGUAUGAACCAGCAGAGGAGCCUCCAAAGAAACUCACCAACAGCCGGAGGGUCAAAAGAACAAAGCCCAACGGCCACAUUUCCAGCAGGGUGGAAGUGGACUCUGACACAAGCUCUGAGAGCAGCAGCUCUGAAACCGAAACCGAAGAUGAAAGAAUAGGUGAGGAUACACCAUUCCUGAGCAUACCGAACCCCGGGGCAACUGGUCUGGAGCCAGCCAUUGCCUUCCGGCUGGCUGAAACCAGGACUAACCCGGCAAAUCGCCUCUCCACACCAGAAGAGUUACAAGCAAGGCUGUCCAGUGUGAUAGCUAACCAAGACCCUAUUGCUGUAUAAAACAUAAAACACAUAGAUUCACAUGUAAAACUUUAUUUUAUAUAAUGAAGUAUUCCACCUUUAAAUUAAACAAUUUAUUUUAUUUUAGCAAUUCCGCUGAUAGAAAACAGGAGGGGAAAAAAACUUUUAUAAAUUAAAUAUACGUAUGUACAAAUGUGUUAUGUGCCAUAUGUAGCAUUUUUUUACAGUAUUUCAAAAAUGGGGAAAGAUAUCAAUGGUGCCUUUAUGUUAUGUUAAGUUGAGAGCAAGUUUUGUACAGUUACAAUGAUGGCUGUCCCAUAGUAUUUUGCAAAACCUUUUAGCCCUCAGUUGUCCUAGCUUUUUUGUGCACUGCAUUAUAAUGACUGGAUGUAUGAUUUGCAAGAAUUGCAGAAGUCCCUCUGGUUGCUUGCUGUAGAGUCUCCAAAUCAGAAAGCCCUGUAAUGGCACUCCCACCCUACUCCGUGAGAAAAACACACACAUACACACACACAGAGUCAGAAAGGAAAAAAAAAAAGAUAAAAAAAAAAAGAUAAAAAGGUAAAAAAAAAAAAGUUUCUUAUAUGAGAACUUUUAUUUGCUUUCCGUAUAUGAGAUGAGUUUUGUCUGCUCUCUGCCAGCCAAAAGGUUUGCUUCUUUGAGCACUGGGAUAAUAGUAGAUCAAACAGCAUGCUACUAUUAAUUACAGCAGGAUAACAAAAAACAUACAAACAAAAAAAAAAAAAAGCCAACCUGCAUUAAAUAAUGUUACUUAUAGAAAGAAAGUAAUACUGUGAUUUUAAAUCAAAUAUAUUAUUAAUCAGAGGUCAGCUUGUAAUCACUAGGAGCUGCCAUUUCAUUAUUUUCCAGAUAUUAAUUGUUCUAGUUAUCCCUUAGGAUAUGGGUUUAAGUUAGCUGUGGCUUUGAACCCAAUACUCUAUUUAAACAAAAAAAAAACCAAAAAAAAACCAAAAAAAAAACAAAAAAAAAAAAAAAAAAAAAAAAAAAAAAGAAGAAAACAACAAAAAAAUUAUAUUAGUUUAUGUUAAUGGGGCAAAUAUAAUAGAUAUCUGUAAUCAAACAAGGAAGAGAUCUAGCUGGAAAACAAAUGCCACCAAUAAAAGUGCAAUCAGUUUUCACCUCUAUUUCUUAAUGUUGAUUUCUAAUACAUGAUUUGUUCUUUUGUUUCCCAUCAAUUUUCUUCCCCUUUUUCCCUUCCUCAGAAAGAACCCUGACGAGCUUCUAGCAAUACCUUAUUAGAGUUGCUGUUGGAGUAAGGCUUACUCUUGGACAAAAAAAGGCCUUUCAGGGAAGAUGAUUUGCUGAAUGGUUAAAAAGUAUAGGCACAUAGGAGGGACAAAGCAGAUGUAUGGAGUUUAUUUCCACUCACCUUUACUGACUCCAUUACCUGGGUUAUGAGAGGCAAGGCUGAUGCAGAGCCCAGUUAUGAAGGCAAGCACACCAUGUGAGUUACAGCCCUAGUAACCCAUGUGUGACUAUUUAAUAUCAGCGUUUAUAUAGCCAGCGACAGUUUAGAAGUCAUUGACUAGUAAUAAACAAAGAUGCUGUCAGUUCUGGAGCAGAUGCAUCUAUCCAGACAGAAGCAAAUGGCCUCUUUUGCACUGAAUUCCUAUCAGUUUAGUCAGGGUCACUCUGCCUCUUCUAUACUUUUGAUUUUUUGUUGUGUGUUCAUUUGGCACAGCAUUGAUUCAGGAUUGAUGUGAAAAACAAAUGUUUUUCCUAGACUCUGGAGAUUCUGAAAAUGAGAACAUAUGUUUUACAGGUAUUACUGAGCUCUAAAUAAGAGCCCUGUCAAGACAAAAAUAAUUUCAGCCAAACUACAUUCAUCCUUUGGGCCACAUUCUGGUCCUAGUUAAAUGCAGAGAAAUACAUUGAGGAAAAUUUGUGAGAUGCAAACCUGAGAAACAAAAGUCCCAACUCAGUAAAUUGUUCAAGCAUACGCUUAUGCUAAUCCCAGCAAAAGUUACCUUCAGCAUGUGCUAGACUCUCAUUGACACAUCCAGCACAUGCAAAAAGUUAAGCAUGUGCCUAAGAGUUUUGCUGAACAAGGUGUCCUAUUGAUUUGAGACUGAAAGAAAAGUAUAGCAAAAGAAGAUCUUUGCCAGGAUGACAAAAAUCUGUGAGUUCCUCGCAGUAUAAAUAACCAUAUCACAUUAGUAAGAACACAGGUUAGUCUACCUGAACACCAGAUUCAGCAGAAAAAGGAAAAUAAAAAACCUUAGUAUAGGAAACAAAGUUGUCCAUUAGAAUGUUAGUGAUAGAACCAAAAGGCUAGGAAACUAGCACAGCUUUGGGCUAUGUAGUGGCUGAAAUGGCACUGCUUAUUUGAGAAAUCUAUGGGAGAUGGCAAAUACAUACUGUCUGGACUAAAGUCCCCUUUGCAAUUUUUCCCUAGCUGGCAUGUACUUGAACAUACUUUGCCUUUGCAGACUGAAACAAAAGUUCUCUACAAAUUCUAUACACCGUAUUCUCAUUUUCAUCCCUUUAGUCAUACCUAUUUAUCUGCAAUCCCAUGCAGCAGAAUAUCCACCUCUCCAGUAACUCUGCAACUCAGUAAUACAGAGGGCCAGGUGGGCUUUCAUAAUGAAGGCCACAAGUUUCCAAAAGAUUUGCACUGUUGAGUUUCCUCGGGAACUUGAAUAUCUGUCCCUUCAGGAAGGCCUCUGACACUGCAAAGACCUUGCAGGACACAUGAGACAGAAAAAGGAUGGCAGAGAAACAAGAGAUUUGCCCCAAAAUCACCCAUCUUAGUGGCAGAAUAGAGAUUAUAACACAGAUGAUUUGUAAACUCUCCAGUAUAUAUCAACCACAAGGCCAGCUCUCAUAGUAUCUAUAAUAGCCCAGACAGAUUAAUGAGGAUGGAAAGGGAACAUGCCUUGACAUUGAGUAGAUCAUUUGACUACUAACACUUUUAUUUUGGAGGGACAGUAUAAAAUGAAGGAGCAAUUCCAUUUUUGAGAGCUGUACAUGUGAGAUUUAUUUGGUAUAGGUCUAGGGAAAAAUGUCACACCUCUUCUGUUGUUGUGCCUCAAAGUCAAAUUGCUGUGCAGUUCCUGCUAUUCCUUCCCCUUGGAACAUACACAGUAUGUUAUAGAGCAAGCAUGAAAUUAGGCUGGAGACUUCACAUGGACCUAAGAACAAGAAAAUAUGAUUGGGGAUAUGGCUGCCUAAGCCCUUAGAUCUUUGUGAAGAACUCAGCCUUACAGCACAAUUCAUGCAGCAGUGAAUUCAGAAAUUGCCCUUGGCUUGGCACGCACAGAUGUGGGAGGAGGACACAGACCCUCACCUCUCAACUUGCGUUUAUCACUCUGUGAGGGUGUUUCACAUCAGUCAGGCCCACACCCAGAAGUUAGUGAGUCUAUCUGGCCACAGGUGCUGCUGGCGGGCUGCAGCCAGUUCCUGCUGGCCAAGAGGCUGGAGGCUGCAGCAGCACAGAGCAGAGCCAGCAAGUGCCUGUGGAAAAGGCCAGCUUCCCUGAUGGGGAUAUUUGCUUCAUUUCCCAGACCUUUGAGCCAGGCAGUCCCAACCCUUGAGCCAUCACUGUGUGAUGCUUGCCCGUUCUUUGGCUGAAAGUCAUGGCAAGAACUUUGAAGGCGGGGGGUGGGGGGGAAAUAGUCCAGUGGUGGCAGAGUUAUUAAGCUUGUCCUGGUUUAUUUCCAUGUCAUUUAGUUUGAGACAUGAAUUUUUCCUGUGUAUGUGUUUAUAUGCAGGAAUUGUUCCAAGAUGAAAGGCUUCUUUCAUGAGUGUAUAGCUAGAUUAUGUUGUGCAACCUGGUACAGCCUGCCUAUUUAAGGGGUGUAGAUCAUUACAGCUCCAUACAGGUUCUCAUGCAACAGAGAAAAGCCUACUUCCUCCUUUUGGCCCAGUCAUUCCCUUCCUCACGUGAGCCACCCCAACACACCCAGGUUUAAGAGAUCAAUCACUGCCUUUAUCAGGGAAACAGGAAAGCUCCUUCUUUCCAGUACUUCAAAACAACAAUGCUGCAUCUCCCUGCUUCUCUCACACACAUUGCAAGCAGUUUCCUAGGCAUCCAGGAUAGCAAACUGGUGUCUCCUCAAAGGACACACCUCUCAACCUGCUGAGCACUUCUUGGCCCUGCAGUAUGGCUACUUACCAUUACCUGGUACCUGGGUCUUACUUCUAGUGAGAAACAAAAAAGCACCUAAGAAAUGCUGCAGAGAAGGGCAGACAAAGAACAUGGCCAAUUAUCAUCAUUUGUAAUUCUCUAUUCUAUUGUAAAUAUGUCUUGUACUUAUGUGGAUGUUUUUUCAUUAUUUACUGUCUUUAUGGAUAUUGUGUUAAAUGAGAUGCUCUUAGUUUAUUGUGUAACACUGUAAAUAACAUAACAUCCUUUAUUAUUUAUGCAUAGGCAUCUAACACUCAGAGAAAGUUAUCCUCAUAUUAUUUUAAGAUAUAUGUCAAAAAGAUGUUGCAUUUUUCCUUUUGCUUUGAAAAAAAAAUUGUAAUAUAUCCUCUUUUUCCCCUCUUUUCCUUAAAAAAAAAAAAAAAGAA